CUAUUGUGUGCCUCCUCUGCUAUCUGCUGAAGAAGUAUUAGGACACUUGCCUUUUUUUACACACACGACUUUCUUUCUGCGUGCAUAUUUUCUUCUUUUUCUUUCCACAGUCCGUCUGUUAUAAACUCUGCAACCAACUUCAUUCUUUUGACUUUUACAGAAAGCAUCCCACCCAAUUUCGGACAGAAAAAUAACCCAAAACGCUUGAUUGAACUGUAUUAGCGAGUAACAACGACAUUGUGAUUAUGCAAGCGACAGCAGGAGCCACUGAAGCCGACAACAAGUGGAAGUUUGCCCAAUGUUUCGGUGACAAGGGUGAAUCCGACGACAUUACAGAGGCCGAUAUUAUAUCAGCUGUAGAGUUUGACCAUACUGGCGACUACCUUGCAACUGGAGACAAAGGCGGCCGUGUUGUUCUUUUUGAGCGCAACGAAAGCAAAAAAGGUUGCGAAUACAAGUUUCACACCGAGUUUCAGUCGCAUGAACCUGAAUUUGACUAUUUAAAGAGUUUGGAGAUUGAGGAAAAGAUCAACAAGAUCAAGUGGUGUCGACGCACGAACGCAGCGCACUUUUUGUUAUCGACAAAUGACAAAACCAUCAAACUAUGGAAAGUGUUUGAACGGAACCUUAAGAUCGUGCAGGAAAACAACUUGAGUGACAGCGGACAGUUGGCGAUGGGAAUUGCGCCAACCAAGACGGCAUAUCAACCUUCGAAGCCUUUGGCACUUCCGAAACUUGCCCUUCACGAUACCAUCGUUGCUGCCGUUCCGAGAAGAAUAUAUGCCAAUGCGCAUGCCUACCACAUCAAUUCGAUUUCAGUCAACUCGGACGGUGAAACGUACAUAUCGGCUGAUGACCUGCGAAUCAACCUGUGGAAUUUGGACAUAUCUGACCAGAGCUUCAACAUUGUCGACAUUAAACCUGCCAAUAUGGAAGAGUUGACGGAAGUGAUUACUGCAGCUGAGUUCCAUCCUCUGCAGUGCAACUUGUUCAUGUACAGCAGCAGUAAAGGUACAAUCAAACUUGCCGAUAUGCGUGAAUCUGCGCUAUGUGAUCAACGCGCCAAAGUGUUUGAGGCACCGGAAGAUCCCAGCAGCCGCUCGUUCUUUUCCGAAAUUAUUUCAUCCAUAUCUGAUGUCAAGUUUAGUCGAGACGGACGAUACAUCCUUUCACGCGACUAUCUAACACUGAAGCUGUGGGACAUCAACAUGGACAACAAGCCCGUCAAAACCAUCAGCAUCCACGAUCACCUGCGGAGCAAGCUGUGCGACUUGUACGAAAACGACUGCAUUUUUGAUAAAUUCGAGUGCACCUUUAGCGGUGAUGGAAGCAACCUGAUGACUGGCUCUUACAGCAACAAUUUACAUAUCUACAACCGGGAGACGGAGUCAGAAGUCAACCUCCAAGCAGACAAAAGUGCGUUCAAGGCCAAGCGACUUGGAUCAGCUAAAAACAAAUUGGCCAUGGGAGGUAACCGUAAUGGCGGUGCCAAGGGCCGUCGGGACGAUGUGGAUGCUUUCGACUUCAACAAGAAAAUACUACACGCAUCUUGGCAUCCCCACGAGAACUCUAUCGCUGUUGCCGCAACCAACAAUCUCUUCAUCUUCACCGAGCUGUAAAUUCUGUUUUCUUUUUUUUUCUUUUCCUUCUCUCAUUUAGCCCAUUUGUAUAAAGCUUGUCAGUCUACCGUAGAGCUCUGGUGAUUCCCCACUUUUCCUUUCUGCGCGCGCGCGCUCUCUCUCUCUCUCUCUCUUCUGCCUUUCUCUUUUCACACACACACACACACAACCGUCUCUUAUUUUCUCACAACCCACUUACUCACACAUUCGCCAAUCACACACAUAGCAAC